CCACUCUCUUUUGAGCCUCUCGAUGACCGCCGAGGCUCAAAGGAAGUGGUCCUGGAGGACAUCUCUCAGAUCUCGGAUCACGAAGAAGAUUCCCCAAGGGACGAGAUGCCUCAUAUCCGACUGAACUCAGGUUGUCAGGACCCGUUCACUGAGACGACCGAGGGUUACGUUCCCGUGGGUACUGACCAUACGACGCACAUGCCAUUGACGCCGGCCUUGGACAUACCAGUCGUAGUUGGUGCACAGGGUAUGUCCCCGUAUGGGGUGUCUCAAGCUCCAGAGUCCUCAGAGUUUUUACUUCCGCCUAAGCUUCGACCUACACCAAGUCAUAAUGACCGGUCUGGAUCACCGGAUCGAUGGUCCAACGCGCGGUCGAGCGUGAGCUCGGCAAGUCGGGACAGCAGAUCUCGCAUGGAUCCUUUCGAAGAUUCACGGGCUCCUUCGUCCCGUUCUGGCAGCGACGAAUACGAUGUCAACACACAGACGGUCUCAGAAAAGUUUAAUAUUAUGCCCACUGAUGGUCUUUUGCUUUUCCCCGAGGAUGUGGAAAAAGAUGAUUACCUGCACAACCCAGACCCAGCGGACCGGGAGGGAGAUUGUGAUAUAUGGAACCGCCGAGGAAUGAUGAAUGUCGGUGGUCUGAUUGUUUUGACACUGGGUCUGUUGGCUCUCUUCAUUGGGUACCCCGUUAUAACUUGGGUGGGGGGUAUGCUCAACCAUAAGGCUACCUGUCGACCUGGCGACAUGGCUUGUCUGGACGUUGGACCUCGGCCUUUGCUCACCAAUAUUCGCCGUGGCUUGAUCGAUCCCGAUACACCUCUGGAUGCGAUGACGAAAAAGAACGUCGAUGGCAAGGAGUGGAAGCUUGUGUUCUCCGAUGAGUUCAAUGAACCAGGACGCACAUUUUAUGACGGCGACGAUCCGUUCUUCCAAGCGGUCGAUUUGUGGUAUGGUGUGACCAUGGACAAGGAGUGGUACGAUCCCGAUGCUGUUACAACGAGUGAGGGUACUUUGGUCAUCCGCUUCGACGAAUUUGAGAACCACGAUCUUCAAUACCGAUCUGGCAUGGUUCAGAGCUGGAAUAAGCUGUGCUUCAAGGGCGGUCGUCUGGAGGCUUCUCUCUCACUUCCUGGUGAUGGUCAUAUCCAAGGUUUCUGGCCUGGUUUCUGGGCCAUGGGUAACCUUGCUCGCCCUGGUUACGCUGCAACCACCGAUGGUCUAUGGCCGUACAGUUACCACGACGGCUGCGACGCAGGAAUUACACCUAACCAAAGCUCCCCCGAUGGAAUCAACUUCUUGCCUGGCAUGCGUCUUCCAGGCUGCACAUGUCCAGGAUCCGAUCAUCCCAGCCCUGGUCGCGCACGCAGUGCUCCGGAAAUCGAUGUGAUCGAAGGAAGCACACAGCCACUCAACGGGCAAGAAGGCGCCCCCUACAUUGGCAUUGCCUCGCAAUCUAUGCAAGCCGCCCCCUAUGACUUAUGGUACAUGCCCGACUAUGACUUCACCGCUGUCUACGACCCUCGUAUCACUCAGAUCAAUGCCUACCGUGGUGGAGUAUACCAACAAGCCAUGUCCGGCCUAAGCAAUCUCAACUCUCGCUGGUACAACGGCACCGAGUACCAGAUUUACGCCUUUGAAUACACACCCGGCGAUAAAGGCAAUGUUACCUGGUUUAUCGGCCCCGACAAGACCUGGACCCUCGACGCCCGCGCGAUCGGCCCGAACGGUAAUAUUGGCCAGCGCGUGAUUCCGCUGGAGCCCAUGUCAAUGAUCAUGAACUUGGGUAUGGCCGACAACUUUGCUCCCCAGAACAAGUCCAUCCGCGCAUAUAUGCCUGCGUUCCUCCAUGUCGACUAUGUCCGUAUCUAUCAGGAUCCCGAUGAAGUGAGCAUCACUUGUGAUCCACCCGGAUGGGAGACGACUGAGUAUAUUGAGAAACACAAAAAGGCGUACGACAACGCAAACUUCACGACUUGGACGGAUGCUGGAUAUCACUGGCCGGAUAACAGUUACAUGCACGGCUGUUCAAAAUAG